UUCGCUGAGAUGUGUGCCGAGCAGCAGUAGUGCGGAGUGGAGCAGUAUAGCGGUACUAUAAGCAAACACGAACACUCCUUCUCUGGCACCGAUACCAGCCAGAGACAGCAGCAAGGGGGGUGCAGGGCCUACGGACCGCCGUACCAGUUUAGUCAGUUUAGUCUCUGGUGACGUUGACAACGCGCGUCACAGGCGAUGGAAACACCCAACCCCCAACCCUGCCUGGCCCUGAUCUCCACCGGCCUCGUAUAUAAUACUACUCCGCUCGGCACCUCUCUUCCCUGCCCAUCCUCUACUUUUUCCACUCAUCGCCCUACAUCCUCCCUAGCCAUGGAAUACUCUGCAAGUCACUCCCGGAGACAGAUGCGCUCCGCGCGCUCCCUCCUCCCCGCCGUCUUCGUCUCCUGGAUCGUGCCCUUCCCCGCCGCAUGCGCGUCCGCCAUCCUCGCCCGCUCCGGCUACUUCACCGCCUUUGAGUUCGCCAGAGAAGUCUCCUACAGAACCUCGAUCGCGUUCUUCGCCCUGCAGCUCAUGUCCCUCGUCGGCGUGCUUGCCCUGAUACGCAUGACCGGCAACAAAAUGCGCUACUUCUACUGCCUCACUUUCGUCUUCAUCGUCCUGAUCUGCAGCCUCAGCCAAUACCGCGACUCUCUCGCCGUGCUUGCGUCAAACAUCUUCAGUCACUUCUCGUCCGUGCCUGACUCGGAAUCCUCCGAGCUCGCAAAGAAAAAAACCCUUGAGGCCGUCCACAAGUUCUGCUUCGUCGUCACCCCCUACGCUGUCGCCGAAUACGUCGCCACUCUCCUACCGCGCUCGAGUACCAGGACGUCGACGAGAAGUACGCGCUCAUCCCUGCCAGCCUCUCCAGCGACGACGAAGACGAAGAGAGCAUGGACGACGAGUAAGAGUAUUAGUUAUGGGUAUUUUGUGUCAUUGUAUUAUAGAGGCCUGGCCUCAUGUGUCGACUUGUUUUUUUAUUCUAAUUUGUUUGGGGAUACCAUUGUUUGUGCAAAAAGUGUUGUUUUGAUGCAGUUCAAGUUUCACAACUGGCGUUCUGAAUUGUAUUUUGGUUUUCUCUUUUAUUUUUCUUUUACAUAUGUCAUUUGUCUUGGUGCUCGACUUCAUUCCUAUACUCCAAUAAUGUCAUCUGUGAUCAUAUCUCUUACACUAUGCUACACCUUGGCUGCUCCUUGGUACUCGUCUGGGUCGGGUAUCCUGAACAUGUCCCUCGACGUCAGAUAAAUAAACAGGGGCCUACAGGGGCAAAGCACUCACUGCCUCUUCGUCUGUUCUCCUGCUCCAGCGACCUCGAGUUCAUCGAAACCACUCUACAUCUCCACCUCCUCCGCUCUCCUCCCAUUCCUCAGCCGUGGCCGUUUCGUCACAUGUCUGCCUUUACCGAUCAGCUGGACACCCUUCACUUUGCGCCCAAUUCACGCAAACCAGAUAAAAACCCGCC